AGGAAGGCACCUGGGCGGCCAGUGGCACUCGGUGGAGGGACAGGAACCUACCAGGAAGACUUUUGAGAGAAAAAGCUAAUAGACUGCUCUGAAGUUGGUACGAGAUUCUCUGAGAAAGACAGCAGUGCCUGAAGAACCUGUGGACAGGAAGCAACUUUUUCAGAUACCUGCUAUGUUUUUCUGCCAGCUGCAGCAGUGCAGAAGAUUAGCAGAUAUGUCCAUAGCACUCAAGCAAGUCUUUCAUAAAGAUAAGACCUUCCGCCCAAAACGCAAGUUUGAACCUGGAACCCAGAGAUUUGAACUUCACAAACUAGCACAGGCCUCUCUGGACUCAGGUGUGGACUUGAAAACAGCUGUGCAGUUGCCCAGCGGAGAAGACCAAAAUGACUGGGUGGCUGUCCAUGUUGUUGACUUCUUCAAUAGAAUCAACCUCAUUUAUGGAACUAUCUGUGAGUUCUGCACAGAGAGGACCUGCCCAGCAAUGUCUGGAGGCCCCAAGUAUGAGUACCGUUGGCAGGAUGACAUGAAGUACAAGAAGCCCACAGCAUUGCCAGCACCUCAAUAUAUGAAUCUUCUCAUGGACUGGAUUGAGGUACAAAUCAACAGUAAAGAUAUAUUUCCUACAAGUGUGGGUGUUCCCUUUCCAAAGAACUUCCUUCAGAUCUGCAAGAAGAUACUCUGCCGGCUUUUUCGGGUGUUUGUUCAUGUCUACAUCCAUCACUUUGACCGUAUCACCCUUAUGGGGGCUGAGGCUCACAUCAAUACCUGUUACAAGCAUUUUUAUUACUUUGUAACAGAGUUUAACCUCAUAGACCUCAAAGAGCUAGAGCCUUUGAAAGAGAUGACAACCAGGAUGUGUCACUAAAAAGCCACUCACUGAAGAAAAGUCCAAUUUCCUUCGUACUGCAGAGUUCAAGAACAUGACAGCCCUCAUGGACUAAGCCUGCUUGACAAUCCAUGAAAGUAGGAAAGCUGUGAACCAUGGCUACUUGGACAAAUGUUUCCCACCACUGUCAGUGUUCUUAACCCUGAAUAUGCUGCUCAUCUGGCUGAUGUGGACUGUUGAGCAAAAGAAUCAUCAACUUCAUAUUACUUCUAGCUCCUUCAUUAGGGAUAAGAACCUCAUCAGCCCUGAAGGAUGACAGACUCU